CUCUGUCAUCGAGGUUGCACCACUGAGGUAGAAGCGGGCCAACUCAAAAUGAUCAAAAGGCUUAAACUGCAAAGGGUGUUCGUCAUCCACCAGCUCCUCAGGGUGGCUACCAUUUUGGUGGAAGAUGUGAAAAGAAUUGAUUGAUGGUUACUUACUAACAAAUUCCUGCCUAAUAUGAGAAAUUAUGGAGUGCACUUAAUUCCCAUUGAAAGAUUGUUUAAUCUGUCAUGCUGCUGUUCUUGGGCACCAACUACUCUCCAACAACAUGCUCAACUUCCCAUUUAUAUUCCCCCUACUUCUGCUAUCUCCCACCAAUUUCUUCUCCACCCCUUAGCUCUACCCUUCAACCAUGUCCCUUAAUGGUGAAGAAAACCACCUCCACCGCCACACCCCCACCCCGGGCAAGGCCACCCUCCUCGCCAUCGGCAAGGCCUUCCCUCGCCAGCUCGUGCUUCAAGAUCUCCUAGUUGAGGGCUACAUCCGCGACACCAACUGUGAUGACCUUGCCAUCAAGGAGAAACUCCAACGCCUUUGCAAAACUACCACGGUGAAAACCCGAUACACGGUGCUGUCGAAGGAUAUACUUGACGAGUACCCUGAGCUGGCGACGGAAGGGUCCCCGACGAUCAAGCAGCGCCUCAAGAUCGCCCACCCGGCCGUCCUAGAGAUGGCGAAGGAGGCGAGCCUGGCGUGCCUGAAGGAGUGGAAGCGCCCCGCGCAAGACAUCACCCACAUCGUGUACGUCUCCUCGAGCGAGAUCCGCCUCCCCGGCGGCGACCUCUACCUCGCCACCGAGCUCGGCCUCCGCAACGACGUGGGGCGCGUGAUGCUCUACUUCCUCGGGUGCUACGGCGGGGCGACGGGGCUGCGCGUGGCCAAGGACAUCGCGGAGAACAACCCGGGCAGCCGCGUCCUCCUCUCCACCUCCGAGACCACCAUCCUCGGCUUCCGGCCCCCGAACAAGGCCCGCCCCUACGACCUCGUCGGGGCGGCCCUCUUCGGCGACGGCGCUGCGGCGGUGGUGGUCGGUGCCGACCCGAUCCCCGGCGUGGAAACGCCCUUCAUGGAGCUGAACACGGCGGUGCAGCAGUUCAUCCCGGGGACGAGCAGCGUGAUCGACGGGCGGCUGUCGGAGGAAGGGAUAUACUUCAAGCUAGGGCGGGACCUGCCGCAGAAGAUAGAGGAGAACAUCGAGGAGUUCUGCAAGAAGCUGAUGGCCGGGGCCGGGCUGAGCAACUACAACUCGGUGUUCUGGGCGGUUCACCCGGGCGGACCGGCGAUACUGAACCGGCUGGAGAGUACACUGGGUUUGGAGAGUGGGAAGCUGGAAUGCAGCAGGAGGGCGUUGAUGGAUUAUGGGAAUGUGAGUAGUAAUACUAUAUUUUAUGUGAUGGAGUAUAUGAGAGAGGAGUUGAGGAAGAAGGGAGAGAAAGGGGAGGAGUGGGGGCUGGCUUUGGCGUUUGGACCGGGGAUCACCUUUGAAGGGAUGCUUCUGCGAAGCCUGCUUUUUUAAGGAAAACUAGUGAUGAAGAAGAAGAGUUCAGUUGUAAUGGAUGAUAGUAUUCAUUAAUCUUACUUAUUAAUUUCAUCCAUAUGAUCAUUAUGGAA